UUAUAAAUAUUACAGUAUAAUAGAACAUAUUUUAAAAUUGUUUCUAUUGUUUAUAUUUUGUUUAUUACUUAUUAUUUUGAAGGCGGCACUGCCAAAAACUUCGCUUAAAAAAAAACACAUGAAUGAAAAUUGUGAUUCCCUUUGAAAGUUUAUAAAUCGGCAGAGGAGCGCAGGCGAAACACGACCCUUUGGUUACACUGGAUUACACUAUCGCUCGUUUAUAGCGGCAAAAGGCGUGUGCAUCACGUGUAUGUACGUGAGAAUGAGUCACAUGACCACACGUCAAUGCAAUGAGGUCAUCGCUGUCAGUAUUGUCACCGGUAGAACGGUACGAUCACAACGUGACGCCCGGGGAAAAGAUUUGACAGGUUAGGACUGAUGCCUCCACUAUCUCGAACACCUUUGACACCUUUGAUAAACAAGCUGAUUUUUAUUCGCCUAACUUCGGAAAGGGAAACGCUGUGACGUAAAACGGUUCGCCGUGUUGUAGCCGUAUUCUUCGUCGUUUUUACAGGUUUUACGUGUGUACGGAGUCUGGUGUCGACCGGGCUUCUCCCUCAGCGAAGCGCCCCCGAGAAGAAAAAAAAGAAGAGGAGAGGAGCCAGUUGUUUAUGCCCCGUAACGACAACCUGUCACAAUGGAGCAACAUGGCACGAGCAGCUCGACAGAUGAUUACGCGGAGAUAAUACGAAAAUUGCCUCUCCAUCUGAGAUUAGCCUAUGGUACAGGUCAUGUGCUCAACGAUAUCUGCGCUUCCAUGUGGUUUACAUAUUUGCUGGUCUUCUUUCACCUGGUGCUUGGUUUUGAUCCUACUCUGGCUGGUGUUGUGCUGCUCAUUGGUCAAAUAGCGGACGCCGUGGUCACCCCGUUCGUCGGUUUUCAGUCUGACAGAAUUGAUGAUUUCUGGUUGUGUAGAUAUGGCAGGAGGAAGACCUGGCACUUGUUAGGCACUAUUUGUGUACUAUUGGGAUUCCCAUUUAUAUUCUCGCAAUGUUUAGGCUGUGAGGGUGCACAUCAAUACGCACAGUUAGUUUAUUACGCUGCUUUUGUAGUGAUUUUCCAAUUUGGUUGGGCAGCAGUACAGAUAUCACAUUUAGCCUUAGUCCCUGAGCUAACGCCUGCUGAGCACGAGAGAACUGAACUUAUAGCUAUAAGGUUUACCUUUACUGUCUUCUCCAAUGUUCUCGUUUAUUGUAUUAUGUGGGGUGUACUACACGUAACGAGCGAUGAAUAUGAUUCUCAGAUCGGACCUGGUGACAUUCACAAAUUUCAGAAAGUUGUUCUAAUUGGAAUCGCAACUGGAUUAAUAGCAUCUAUUAUAUUUCAUGUUGUCGUUAAGGAAAAUGCUAAUGGCAAUACUAAUGGUAGUUUUUUGCAUAGAAAUGCCAGGACAGCAUCAGUAUUAUUAAGAGAUUUCAGAUUGUAUCAAGUAGCGUGUGUCUAUAUGCUUACACGACUAUUCAUUAAUUUGUGUCAAAUUUAUAUGCCUUUAUACUUACACGAGUCGUUAAAUAUGCCCGCGACAUCUUUGGCUUAUAUACCAUUGACAAUGUAUCUAAGUAGCUUUUUGACAUCUUUAAUCAUAGAGAGGCUUAAUACGAAAUGGGGACGAAAAGUCGCGUAUUCAAUUGGUGCUUUACUUGCGAUAUGCGCCUGUAUAUGGAUACAAUUCGGCAAAGGCGAUAUUUAUAUUAAAUAUGAGAUUUAUGUUGUAGCUGUACUAUUAGGUUCUGCUGGUGCAAUAAUGUUAGUAACUAGCCUCGGUGUAACUUCCGAUUUAAUAGGAAAAAAUACUGAGAGUGGUGCCUUCGCUUACGGAAUGAUGAGUUUUACGGAUAAGCUCAGUAACGGUCUGGUGGUUAUGUUGAUUCAGUAUUUACUAAAACAUUUUUCAUCUGGUUAUGCUAAUUAUUACUACAGAGACAUUCUUACAUAUGUCUGCGGCAUAUCUGCGGCAAUUGCUUUACUGAUGAUUUUAUACAUUAAACCAUUUUCUCGUACUACGGUGUUUGAUACCUUACGUAACGAUGAUGAUGAAGGUUUUAUAGAAACUCCAAAUGCGAUAGAUGAAAACUCCUCUACAAACCAAUCUCAAGCCAGUGUACAUUGAUAUAACGAUAAUACGAUUUAUAAUUUGUAAAUAUUUAAUAUAAAAUGCGAAAUACAAAGAUCUAUAUUUAUUAAGAGAAAAAA